AAACCGCAAACCUCAGCUUUAGCUUAACUCGACAACUUUUAACGCGGUUUCACAUUACGUUUUUUUAUUGUGACUAUAGUGUUAUAAAAAUAUUUUGAACAUGAGCAUUUGAUCUGGUAGGCAUUUUGAAUCACUAUUUUGCAGGGGUGCUGCUUGUCCACUCAGCUGAUACAAGCUAUGGAGUCUGCGUCUGCUCGAGCCUCUCUGCCCAGCCUCCCUGGCAAAAGAAAGGAAAAUGACAGCAAAGAGCAACUUCACAACCUCCUUGAAUCACAGCACUCCACCAUCAAACCAAGAACUACAGUCUAUGUAAACGACCCACAGGCUGUGCUGAAAAGAUGUGUGAUACGGAAGGAACCCAGUCUCAACCACCUAAAAGCCCGUGAAGAGAUGUUCUUUCCAGGGUGGUGCACUCAGUCACCUUCAUCUUCACAAACACAUCAGCCACCAGCUCUGCAAACAAAUAUGGCAGAGUCUGUGAGGAUACAAGCCAUGGACUCUGGGUCUACUAGAGCCUCUCUGCCCAGCCUCCAUGGCCAAAGCAGGGAAAGCCAGUCCAGAGAACGGCUUCACCAUGUCACUGACUUUAAAAUCAUACCAAGACCUCCAGUCCAUGUCAAAAAUCCACAGGUGGCACAGCAUGAAAACAAGCAUGAUUCUCUGCAUGGGCUCGGGAAAGAGUCCACCCACCAGGCAACUCUGCUGAAAAGACGUGUCAUACAGAAAGAACCAGUUCUCAAUGACCAAAAAACCCGUGGGCAGAUGUUCUUUCCAAAGUGGUACACUCCUUCAUCUUCAUCUCCACACACACAACAGCCUCACAAGCGCUACGAACAAGUGCCCGUCUACGUACCACCUCUGCAAACCACUACUAAGAAAGUGGUAUCUAACCCAGCUCUUCCCAGAAGGCCCUUUGCCAUUAAAAGCUGCGGACAGAUGCAUUCCGAAUUUCAGAAACAUGAGUUUAGUAAAAAUGACUAUUUGCUUGUCAGCAAUGGAGGCGUGUUAUCUGUGUGUGAGAAUGAGUAUGAUUUUAUAACCCAUGACCGUCUGGAAAAGGAGUAUGACUACCACUGCAAGAUCAUGAAUAUCCCGUUUUUUGCCAACUUUAAAAAAUGGAAACCCUUUUAUAUCUGGCGUGCUAAAGUUCGUGGAAAGAAAAUUCAAAUGGCCAGGAAAGCCCUUGAAAGGCAUCUAUUUAUUGUCAAUCAGUCCCUCAGACCUGCCCUGAUAGACAUCAGGAAAAUGUGCUAUCAAAUCAAUGACACAGGCUCCUGUCACUUGGAGAAGACGCACACUUACACGCUGCAGGAGUUUCAGGACACCAUUUCCCGACAAUUCCAAGAGGUAUUGAAUGACUUGCAAACAUUCCAAGACCUGGUAAAGGAGGUGACAAUUUCUGCCUGUCACUCUUUGUUGGAGCCUCCAUCAGAUAACUCAAAUGAUGAUACGGAAAAGAGAAUUAUCUUUCUAAUGGGCAAGACCUUUCUCACAGGUCGCAUUAAGUGCUUCAUUCGUCUUGUUGACUACUUGGUUGUUAACACCUUGCACGGCUUGGUGGUGAAUGCAGCAACUACACUAUUAGCAAUGCUUCACGACAAGAUAUGCCAAAUGCCUAGCCAUGCCACUAAACAAAGCUGGAACCAGGCCUGCAUAGCAUCCACUGGCCAUGCUGAUGAAAAGUCAGAAACUCCAACUCUUGGCCAACCUUUGUUCACGUCUGAGCUGAUGCUGGACAUAGAUGCUUUAACCUUCAAACCCACCGAAGAGAACUUUCAAGAGACUAUUACAGAGGUUACUGAACUGUUUAAGAACACUGUUAUGUCAGUCAGUACACUUACUGAUGAUCCCGACUUUGAUUCAGUGACACAUCCUGAAGAUGUUGAGAUAUCAAAUCAUGGACAAGAAAAGGGCCCUAGUGUGGAAUCCAUCAUAGAGUCUGAUGGCCAUCUUCAAAGUAUUAUUCAAAACAUCAAGGCAACAAUCCAAUUUGCCUUUGAUGCAGCAAAGGUUUAUUCACUCACGUUUGAGCCUUUCCGACUUUUCUAUAAAGAGAAUGAGAGUCUGCAUCUACAUGAGAUACAGCAACAGGAUCAUGGUUUGCCCUUCUUUGAGAAAGCAUUGGAGUUGUAUCACAAUGAGCAUAAGCAGGCCUUAGCCAUCCAGCAGACAACGAAUCUUGGUUUGCUCCUAGUGGAUCAAACGCAGUUGAAAGAGAAGCUUGUGUCUUCUCCUCUUCGCUGUCUAGAGGUCGUCAAUGAGAUGCUCACCCACCUGGCUAGGGCGAAGCUAGAUGCUGUCAUUGCAGAGGCUUGUGAAGCGCAGCUUAAGCUAGAGUUUUCUCCCUCUACUACAGAUGAGUUAGUCAACUCCCUAUUUUUCCUGGAUGAAAUACAAGAGAGGAUUACAGUCUUAGACAAAGAGCAAGAGACAGUAUGUCAGAUGUACAAUCUUAUUAACACAUACUCAAUUCCCACACCACCUGAGGACCUGGCUGUUUUUGCCAUUUUACAAUCCUGCAUUAAGUCAUUGUACAGCAUCAUUGAUAAGUCAGUGGCAGAGAGGGAUGCCAACAUGGACAAGUUUUGCACUUCCCUGAACAAGGACAUAAAGGAGUUGGAUACUCAGGUCAGGGGCAUUUAUCUUAAAUUACAGGAUCCACAAAUCAUAGACAUUAAUGCAGACUCCUCACAAGUGCUUCUGCUGCUGGAGGAGAUCCAGCAUUCCAUAGAGGGAUUGCAGGCCCAGGUUUCCACCUACAAUUCCUACCAGAAGAAAUUCAAGUUGGAGGUGACCAAGUUUAAAUACCUGGAGGAUUUAGUGGCAGAUUAUAGGCUGAAGCAGCUGUUGUGGAACUCUGUGGAAAAAUGGGACAUUGUACAGGAUGAGUGGCAGAAGAGUAUACUUCAGCAACUGGACCUGGAUCAGUUAAGCUCACAGGUCAACAAAUACAGCAAAUUUAUUAACCAGCUGGAGAAGGGUCUACCACGUAACAAUGUGGUGCCAUGUCUGAAGGAAAAAGUGGAAUUAAUGAAGCAGAGGCUGCCUGUGAUAACUGAUCUCAGCAACCCAUGCAUGAAGGCAGAACACUGGAAGAACUUGGAGUCUGUUGUAGGGGCAUCCCUCAAUGUGGAAGAGCUCACCGGGGCUGCUUUGGAUGAGCUUAAUGUUUUCUCCUAUGGAGUGGAGAUACAACAGGUGUCAGGACAGGCUUCAGGAGAGGCAUCAGUAGAAGCAAUUAUUGCAAAGGUGGAGGGUGUGUGGAAAACAACAAAAUUCACAGUUUUGUCUCACGGCGACUCCAAAGACGUCUUCAUCUUGGGAGGCACAGAUGAAAUCCAGGUACUCCUGGAUGAUAGUCUCAUCAGUGUGGGCACAGCAGCAUCUUCUCGCUACGUAGCUCCCAUUAAGCACAAGGUGGACAAAUUUCUGAGGCAACUCACCCUCUUCAACCAAACACUGGAUGAGUGGCUUACAUGUCAAAGGAACUGGCUAUACUUAGAGAGUAUCUUCUUGGCCCCAGACAUCAAGCGGCAGCUGCCUGCUGAGUCCAAGAUGUUCCUUAAGGUGGAUAAGUCCUGGAGGGAGAUCAUGGCAAAGGUCAAGAAAAUGCCCAAUGCUCUUAAAGCGGCCACACAGCCUGAUCUUUUGGAGACUUUUCAGCAUAAUAAUGCUCUUUUGGAUGAGAUACUAAAGUGUUUGGAAGCCUAUCUGGAAUCAAAGAGAGUAAUAUUUCCCAGGUUCUACUUUUUAUCAAAUGAUGAGCUCCUAAAGAUUUUGGCCCAGACAAGAAACCCUCAAGCCGUGCAGCCCCACCUCAGGAAGUGUUUUGAUGCAAUUACGCGGCUAGAGUUUGCACUGUUACAUGAAGAACCCUCAGGUGCCACAGGAGCUAUUCUGAAUGCUGGAGAACAGACGACUAUUUACAGCAAUGAUAUUCUGUAUAUGAUCUCUCCUGAAGGCGAGAAGGUGGGUUUGACUAAAGGUCUGAAGGCACAAGGUAAUGUGGAAGAUUGGCUCUGUAAUGUAGAGGAGGCUAUGUUUUUGUCACUGCAUCGCCUCAGCAAAGCUGCUAUCGUAGACUACCAGGUGAAGUCUAGGGAGGAGUGGGUGGUGUCUGGACAUCCAUCGCAGGUUGUGUUGACUAUCUCCCAGUUGAUGUGGUGCAGAGACAUGGAUGCAUGUCUGGAAGGAGACCAUAACCAUUUUGCUGCCUUGGAGCAGUUUGAAUUGAAAAACUUUGAUAGGCUGAAUUCACUUGCUGCACUAGUAAGAGGACAGCUCCCGACUUUACAUCGGAACAUCAUCACUGCCCUCAUCACCAUUGAUGUUCAUGCCAGAGACAUUGUCACAGAUCUAGUUCGACAGAAGGUGGACAACAAGUCUAACUUUGAAUGGCAAAGACAACUACGCUACUAUUGGGACCUGGACUUGGACAACUGUCUAGCCACAAUGGCUCUGUCAACAUAUACUUAUGGCUAUGAAUACUUGGGAGCAUGUCCUAGGCUUGUUAUUACACCACUUACGGAUCGUUGCUACCUUUGUCUGAUGGGAGCACUCCAAUUGGACUUGGGAGGUGCUCCAGCUGGUCCAGCCGGAACAGGCAAAACAGAGACCACCAAAGACCUGGCUAAGGCCCUGGCCAUACAGUGUGUGGUGUUCAACUGCUCUGAUGGUCUUGAUUACAAGAUGAUGGGUCGCUUCUUUAGUGGUCUUGCCCAGUCUGGAGCUUGGUGCUGUUUUGAUGAAUUUAACCGAAUAGACAUUGAAGUGUUGUCUGUUAUAGCUCAGCAACUAAUAACCAUACGGAAUGCUAAAGCUGCAAAGCUGUCAAGGUUUCAAUUUGAGGGCCGUGAGAUCAAGCUAGUGAUGACAUGUGCUGCAUUCAUCACCAUGAACCCAGGCUAUGCUGGCAGAACAGAGCUACCUGACAAUCUUAAAGCUCUCUUUAGACCCAUAGCAAUGAUGGUGCCAAACUAUGCACUCAUUGCCGAGGUGAUUUUGUACUCUGAGGGAUUUGAGUCCAGUAAGAUCCUAGCAAGGAAGAUGACCCAAAUGUACAAACUGUGCUCUGAGCAGCUUUCCCAGCAGGACCACUAUGACUUUGGCAUGAGAGCCGUCAAGUCUGUCCUGGUCAUGGCUGGAUCUCUAAAACGGGAUAACCCCAACCUUACUGAAGACGUGGUUCUCAUCAGAGCAUUGAGGGAUUCCAACCUCCCAAAGUUCCUCACUGAGGAUGCAGUGCUUUUUGGUGGUAUCCUGUCUGACCUGUUUCCUGGUGUGUGCAUCCCUGAGCAUGAUUAUGGUGUGCUACACUCCACCAUCCUGGAGUCUCUGAUUAAGCGAAAAAUGCAGCCACUUCCAGCCAUGACCAAGAAGGUGAUUCAGCUUUAUGAGACCAUGUUAGUGCGUCAUGGUGUGAUGUUGGUAGGUCCAACUGGUGGGGGAAAGACCACUGUCUACACCAUCCUUGCAGACACACUCGAGGCCCUCCAUCGCACGGGGCAUACAGCUAACAACCCCUUUUAUCAGCCUGUCAAGACCUAUGUUCUCAACCCCAAAUCUGUCACAAUGGGGGAGCUCUUUGGAGAGGUUAACACACUAACACUAGAGUGGCGUGAUGGGCUGAUGGCUUUGAGCGUCCGUGAUGCAGUUAGUGACACAAGUGACGACCACAAAUGGGUGAUUUGCGAUGGACCAGUCGAUGCUCUGUGGAUUGAGAACAUGAACACAGUGCUAGAUGACAACAAGAUGCUCUGUUUGGCUAACAGUGAGCGUAUCAAGCUUACUCCAUCCAUACAUAUGCUGUUUGAGGUCCAGGACUUGGCUGUGGCUUCUCCAGCCACAGUCAGCCGCUGUGGCAUGGUAUAUAUUGAUCCCGAUGAGCUUAAGUGGAUCCCUUAUGUGCAGACAUGGAUCAGUGGACUUGGAGACAAGCUCCCAGACCCAGUGCGCCAGUACCUGCUGGAGCUAUUUGAUCAAUAUGUUGAGAAUGGCCUCCAGUUUGUGUUAAAGCAUUGUUCUCAGGCCAUUCACCAGGUGAACAUAAGUAAAGUUUCCACUCUGUGCUCCCUGCUGGAGGCAUUGCUGCUGGGGAAAGGAAGCCCAGACUUUAAAAUGGAUCCCAAGACUCUUAACUGUGUAUUAUGCCAGACCUUCAUAUUCUGCUACCUAUGGGCAAUAGGUGGCAACCUAAUGAAUUCUUAUUGGGAUGCUUUUGACUCAUUUGUGACAGAGCAGUUUAAAGACAACAGCGAUGCUAAGCUCCCAAAACAUGGCACCCUGUGGAGUGUAUAUAUGAACAUGCACCAACAGCGUUUGGACCCUUGGGAGAAAGUAAUUCCCCCAUUUGAGUACAACAGAGAGCAGCCCUUUUUUGAGAUGUUGGUUCCUACCACAGACACUGUCCGCUAUGGCUACUUGAUGGAGAAGCUGCUAUCUGUGCGACGGUCUGUGCUUUUUACUGGAGAUACCGGAGUUGGAAAGUCAGUGAUAGCCCGAGGCCUUCUUAACAGUAUCCAAGAAGAAGCAGGAUACCUUCCAGUCUACAUCAACUUUUCAGCUCAGACCUCCUCUGCCCGCACACAGGAGAUUAUUGAGUCUAAACUGGAAAAAAAAAGGAAAAAUGUCCUUGUUGCUCCUGGAAAUAAGACAUUGGUGGUGUUUGUAGAUGACCUGAACAUGCCCAAGCUGGAUAGCUAUGGCUCACAGCCCCCAAUAGAACUUCUGCGUCAGUUCCAGGACUUUAUUGGCUUCUAUGACAGAUACAAAUUCUUCUGGAAGGAGAUCCAGAAAAUGACCAUUGCAGCUGCAUGUGCACCUCCAGGAGGCGGACGCAACCCAGUGACCCCCCGAUUCAUUCGGCACUUCAGCAUGUUGUGUCUACCCACACCGUCAGAACACAGCCUCAAACAGAUAUUCAAAGCCGUUAUGAAUGGUUUCCUCUGUGAGUUUUCUGAGGCAGUGAAGGACUGUGCUGGACCGAUUGUGGAUGCAGCCGUGGAGAUUUACAACCGUUUGAGUGUGGAUCUGCUGCCCACUCCAGCUAAGUCACACUAUGUUUUCAACCUUCGAGACCUCUCCAAGUGUGUCCAAGGGAUGCUGCAGUGUGAUUCAAGUCAAGUAAGAGACAAGAACCAGGUGUUCCGUCUUUUCUGUCAUGAAUGUCAGCGGGUGUUCCAUGAUCGACUUAUCAACAACCAAGAUAAGACUUAUUUCAACACUGUCAUCUCUGAAAUGGCCAGGCAAUACUUCAGCAUUGACUUAGAGCCCUCAUACUUUCUGACUAAGCCCAUAAUAUUUGGAGAUUUUAUGAAGGUGGGUGCAGACAAAGAAGAACGUCAGUAUGAGGAUUUGACAGACAUGAAUAAGAUUCAGGCUGUGCUCCAGGACUACCUUGAUGAUUACAACAUGACCUUUUCCAAGGAGACCAGGCUGGUCUUUUUUCAGGAUGCCAUUGAGCAUGUCUCCAGGAUUGCUCGUAUGAUUCGCCAGGAGAGAGGCAAUGCCCUGUUAGUAGGAGUGGGAGGUACAGGCAAACAGUCGCUCACUCGGUUGGCAGCCCAUAUGUGUGGCUACCGCUGCUUUGAAAUUGAACUCAGCCGUGGAUAUAACUAUGACAGCUUCCAUGAAGACUUGAGGAGACUCUACAAGAUGGCUGGUGUGGAGGGCAAAGAUAUGGUUUUCCUCUUUACAGACACUCAGAUAGUGGUGGAGGAGUUCUUAGAGGAUAUCAACAACAUGCUGAAUUCGGGUGAGGUGCCCAACCUUUUUGAGAAAGAUGAGCUGGAGCAGGUGCUAGCCGCCACCCGCCUUAAAGCCAAGGAGGCUGGAGUCAAUGAGGAUAACAGGGAUGAGGUUUUCCAGUAUUUUAUUUCUCGUGUACGGGAAAAGUUACACAUUGUUUUGUGUAUGAGUCCCGUGGGUGAUUCCUUUAGGUCCCGGUGCCGCAUGUUUCCUUCACUCGUCAACUGCUGCACCAUUGACUGGUUUGUUCAGUGGCCUCGUGAGGCCCUGCUCUCUGUCUCACAAGCCUUCUUCCAAAAUGUGGAGUUUGGCAAUGAGGAGCUGAAGCAGAACUUCUCAACCAUGUGUGUGGAAAUUCAUGUUAGUGUGACUGAUAUGGCUGAGCGCUUCUACUCGGAGCUGAGACGGCGAUAUUAUACCACACCCACCUCCUACCUGGAGCUCAUCAACCUCUACCUGAGCAUGUUAGAUGAAAAGAGACAACAUUUAAUUUUAGCCAGAGAUCGCGUGAAGAACGGCUUGACCAAACUUUUGGAGACCAAUGUGCUUGUAGAUGAAAUGAAAGUAGACCUGUCUGCUUUGGAGCCAGUCCUUAAACAAAAGUCCAUAGAUGUUGAUGCCCUCAUGGAGAAACUCACUGUUGACCAGGAAAGGGCUGACAAGGUGCGGAACAUAGUAAAAGAAGAUGAAGCUUUGGCCAAGUUCAUGGCUGAAGACACUCAGGCCAUAGCAGAUGAUGCCAAGAGGGACCUGGAUGAGGCUCUGCCAGCUCUAGAAGGUGCCAAUCAGGCCCUCAAUUCUCUUGACAAAGCUGACAUCUCUGAGAUCAAGGUGUUUACCAAACCCCCAGAUCUGGUCAUGACCGUUAUGGAGGCUGUCUGCAUCCUGCUUAACUGCAAACCAGACUGGCCCAGUGCCAAGCAAAUCCUGGGGGAUGCCAAUUUUCUCAAGCGACUGACAGACUAUGACAAGGACAAUAUCAAGCCUCAAAUCCUGCAGAAACUGCAUAAAUACAUCCACAAUCCUGAUUUCAUACCCGAAAAGGUGGAGAAAGUAUCGAAAGCCUGCAGAUCAAUGUGCUUAUGGGUCAGAGCCAUGGACCUUUAUUCCAGAGUCCUAAAAGAAGUUGGCCCUAAGAGAGAAAAGCUGGCUAAAGCACAGGUGGAACUGGACAUGACAAUGGCAACCCUCAAGGAAAAACAGGGAAAGCUUCAAGAGGUGGAGAGCCAGAUAAAGGUCCUCCAGGAGCAGUUUAAAAAAAGUGUAACUGAGAAAGAGGAUUUAGUAAACACCAUGGCUUUGACACAAGCUCGCUUGACAAUGGCAGGGAAGCUAACUUCUGCUCUAGGAGAUGAGCAAGUACGCUGGGAGGAAAGUGUGGCCCAGCUCGAGCAGGAAAUCAUCAAUGUUGUAGGGAAUGUCUUUAUUGCAGCUGCCUGUGUGGCUUACUGUGGUGCCUUCACUUCCCAUUAUAGACAGCUGCUAAGUGAGAAGUGGAUUCUACAGUGCCAGGAGCUGAAUAUUCCCAUUAGCUCCAACUUUAGCCUGCUCAAGAUUCUGGGUGACCCCUUUGUCAUUCGCCAGUGGAAUUCAGAGGGACUGCCUCGUGACACUGUUUCUACAGAAAAUGGGAUCCUGGUGACUCAGGGUCGCCGCUGGCCUCUUAUGAUCGACCCCCAGGAUCAGGCCAACCGAUGGAUCCGCACCAAGGAGGCCAAAAAUGGUCUAAAAGUGAUUAAGUUGACAGACCCAAGUUUUCUUCGUGUUCUAGAAAAUGCUAUACGCAUGGGCAUGCCUUUACUACUGGAAGAGUUGAAAGAGACCUUAGAUCCAGCAUUGGAGCCUAUCCUUCUAAAGCAGACAUUUGUAUCUGGUGGACGGACAUUGAUCAGACUGGGAGACUCAGAUAUUGACUAUAAUAAAAAUUUCAGGUUCUAUAUGACCACCAAGAUGGCCAACCCACACUAUCUGCCUGAGGUGUGCAUCAAAGUUACAAUCAUUAAUUUCACUGUAACUAAGUCUGGCUUGGAGGACCAACUGCUCAGUGAUGUGGUGCGCCUGGAAAGUCCACAUCUCGAGGAACAGAGGAAUGAGCUCAUCGUGCGCAUCAAUGCUGACCGCAAUCAAUUGAAAGAUAUUGAGGACCGCAUUCUCAAGCUUCUCUUCACCUCUGAGGGGAACAUACUGGACAAUAAAGAGUUAGUUCUUAUUCUCCAAGAAUCAAAGCUGACAUCAGAAACCAUAAAGCAACGCUUGGAAAAAGCAGAAGCCACAGAGCACAUGAUCAACUCAGCCAGGGAGCGCUACAGACCUGUGGCCACCCGGGGCUCAGUCCUGUACUUUGUCAUUGCCAGUCUCUCUGAGAUUGAUCCUAUGUAUCAGUUCUCUCUCAAGUACUUCAAACAACUCUUUAACUCCACAAUUGAGACAUCAGAGAAGAGCAGCAUAUUGGAAGAGCGUCUCCAGAUUUUGCUGGAUCAGAUCUUGCUCAAUUCCUACAUCAAUGUGUCUCGUGGCCUUUUCGAGCAGCACAAGCUCAUCUAUAGCUUCAUGCUAUGUGUAGAGAUUAUGAGACAGCAAGAUGAGAUCUCCGAUGCUGAGUGGCAAUACUUCUUAAGAGGAUCUGCUUCUUUGGAAAAGGACUAUGCAGAACGGCCAGAUGUACCAUGGCUAAGUGAUUUUUACUGGCAGACGUGUUGUGAGCUGGAGGACACACUGCCGUGCUUCAAGGACAUCUCCAAGGAAAUGACAAGAACCCAUAUCCACAUCAGACUAGGACGUUUUCAGUCAUCUAUCAAUCCAGAGGUAUGGAAAGACUAUGUGUCUGAGGAAGCACCUCCUGGGGAAUCCAAAGAAGAGAAGAAGGAGGGAGGGGUCACAGGUUACUGGAAUGAGAAGCUGGGCACCUUCCAGAAGUUAGUCCUCGUCAAGAGUUUCAUAGAAGAGAAGGUGGUGUUUGCAGCAACAGAGUUUGUGAUUGUUAAUCUAGGGAAGCAUUUUGUGGAAAACCCUCCCGUGGACCUGGCAAAUCUUUACAGCGACAUGUCCCCCUCAACGCCACUGGUCUUUAUUCUUAGCACAGGGUCCGAUCCCAUGGGUGCCUUCCAGCGCUUUGCAAAGGAAAGAGACUGUCUUGACAGAGUUGUGUCGAUCUCACUGGGUCAAGGCCAGGGUCCAAUAGCUGAGAAAAUGAUCCAUUCAGCACUGAAGAAUGGCAACUGGGUUUUCUUGCAAAACUGUCAUUUAGCUGUCUCAUGGAUGUUAUCGAUGGAGGAGCUCAUCAAGACCUUUGCUGAGCCUGAGACAUCAAUCCAUGAGAACUUUCGUUUGUUUCUAAGCUCCAUGCCUACCAAAGUAUUUCCUGUAACAGUGCUCCAAAACUCUGUCAAGGUGACUAAUGAGCCUCCUAAAGGUCUGCGAGCCAACAUGCGACGAGCCUUCACGGAGAUCUCCAGCAAUUUCUUUGAAGACAAUAUUCUGGGGCGAUCAUGGAGAAAGCUAAUUUUUGGAAUCUGUUUUUUCCAUGCAGUUAUUCAGGAGCGUAAGAAGUUUGGUCCUCUGGGCUGGAACAUCCCUUAUGAGUUUAAUGAUAGUGACAGGGAGUGUGCUCUGCUUAAUCUGAACCUCUACUGCAAAAAUGGCACCAUCCCCUGGGAUGCUCUUACCUAUAUUACUGGUGAGAUCACAUAUGGAGGCAGAGUGACAGAUGCUUGGGACCAACGCUGCCUCAGGGCUAUCCUUAAAGGGUUCUUUUCCCCUAAAACCCUGGAGCCCGGCUACACCUUUACCUCAUCAGGUAUCUACUAUGCACCAGAUACAGAUAAUCUAGAGGAAUAUAAGAACUAUAUCGAGAGUCUUCCCAUCAUAGACAAUCCUGAGGUCUUUGGCAUGCAUGAGAAUGCUAAUUUGACUUUCCAGCGCCAAGAAACCAUGACACUGAUCAACACAAUACUGGAUGUUAACCCUCGCUCUUCUGCCCAUUCUGGAGCUAAAAGCAAUGACGAGAUGGUCUGCGAGUUGGCUGAAUCUAUACUAGCCAAGCUACCUGAGCACCUGUGCAUGGAAGAGGCUAUUGAAACUUUGCUUGUACGGGAUGGAAACGGCCGCCUUAACUCCCUCACAACUGUGCUGGGUCAAGAAGCACAUCGAUUUAACAACCUGCUGAGGGUCCUUAAGGUGUCUCUUGUCACUCUGCAAAAGGCCAUAGCUGGUCUAUUGGUGAUGUCUGAGGAGAUGGACUGCAUGUACACCAGUUUCCUUAACAACCAGGUCCCCACUCAUUGGGCAAGCUCUGCUUACCCCUCUCUCAAACCACUGGCUUCUUGGGUCAAGGACUUGGUUCUCAGAAUCACAUUCAUUCAGACUUGGAUCACACGUGGUCAGCCCAAAUCUUUCUGGAUUUCAGGAUUCUUCUUUCCUCAGGGCUUUCUUACUGGAGUCCUUCAGAAUCAUGCCAGACACUACAGUUUACCCAUCGAUGAGCUGAACUUUCGCUUCAACGUGGUGCCUGCAUACAGAGACCAAGCAGCAGUGUGUGAGGCGCUGCACACUCUACCCAACAAUGCAGUACUGGAAAUGGACAAGGAGUUACCAGAGCCAGAGGACGGCGUGCUGGUGCACGGCAUGUUCAUGGAUGCCAGUCGCUGGGACGAUGAGCACAUGGUGAUUGAGGACGCGCUGCCUCGAGUGAUGAACCCCAUGCUGCCAGUGGUGCACUUUGAACCCCAGCGGGGUUACGUGUCUGAGCCUGACCUGUACGCGGCCCCACUGUACAAGACCUCAGCGAGAGCUGGGACCCUGUCCACCACUGGUCACUCAACAAAUUUUGUUGUGACAGUAAUGCUUCCCUCAAAGCGACCCAGCGACUAUUGGAUAUCAAAAGCCUCUGCUCUCCUUUGCCAGUUGAAUGAUUAAGUUUUUAUUCAAGGCCAAAAAGUGAAUUUUCGAUGUGCCUGGAACACAUACAAUACGUCUAUAGUAUGCACUAUUCUAAAUUAACUUGGUGUCUUUGGUGGCAUUAUUUAUAAAGAUGUUCACAGACACAGUUUAUGCUGAAAGUUCUUUUUUUUCACAUACACUCUAAUAAAUAUUUCUGUGCCAUCCCUGA